AAUCGAUUUAUAGAACCCUAUUUUGCAUUGUUGAAAAAAGCAGCGAAUAAAUGGUCAUAGACAUAUUCUCUAAAGGAAAACACUAAAUAAAUUCAAUGUGAAGAAUAAAUUCUUUAGAAAAUAAUAACUAUUAUUUGGUGAAAUAAGUUUUGGAGAUAAAGAAUUGUGAAUUUUUCGCCGAUGCAAGAUAAACUGACAUAAAAAAUUGCAUUUAAACAAAACAAGAAGUUGAAUAUAACAAAUAAGGGGAUAAGCAAAUUGAAAAGCAGUUCUACGUAAAAAAAGUGCUGCAAAAAGAAAGACAUGAGUACAACAAAUAAAUUUUUAUCUUCUGAAAAUAGUUUGGGUCAUGACAAAGUUGCCAUUUUAGAUGCAGGUGCUCAAUAUGGAAAGGUUAUUGAUCGUAAAGUUCGCGAAUUGUUGGUAGAAUCUGAUAUUUUACCUUUGGAAACAACAGCGGACGCAUUACGUUCCGGUGGUUAUCGGGGUAUUAUAAUAUCGGGUGGACCCAAUUCAGUUUAUGCCGAUGAUGCGCCCAGUUAUGAUCCCGAUAUUUUCAAAUUAAAAAUACCCAUCUUGGGUAUUUGUUAUGGCAUGCAGUUGAUUAACAAAGAAUUCGGUGGUACAGUUCUCAAGAAGAAUGUACGCGAAGAUGGCCAACAGACAAUUGAGAUUGAACCCUCAUGUCCAUUGUUUAACCGCUUGAGUCGCACCCAAACUGUACUCCUUACACAUGGCGAUAGUGUAGAACGUGUAGGUGAUAAACUCAAAGUUGGUGGUCGAUCUUCGAGCAAUAUUGUCACGGCAAUCUACAAUGAUUUGCUAAAGAUAUACGGUGUACAAUUUCAUCCGGAAGUCGAUCUAACAGUGUGUGGUAAACAAAUAUUUACAAAUUUCCUCUUUGAGAUCUGUGGACUAACACCCAACUUUACAAUGGGCAGUCGCAAGGAGGAGUGUAUAAAAUAUAUAAAGGAGAAAGUUGGCAAUAACAAGGUUCUGGUCUUGGUAAGUGGCGGCGUUGAUUCAUCUGUGUGUGCAGCGUUGUUGCGACAUGCCUUACAUCCCAGUCAAAUCAUUGCUGUUCAUGUGGAUAAUGGUUUCAUGCGUAAAGAUGAAAGUGAAAAGGUGGAGAAAUCCCUAAGGGACAUUGGCAUUGAUUUAAUUGUACGCAAAGUAGCCUACACCUUCCUCAAGGGUACAACACAAAUCAAGAGGCCCGGUCAAUUUUCCAUUGUUGAAACACCAAUGCUAUGUCAAACCAUUAACCCUGAAGAAAAGCGUAAAAUUAUUGGUGAUAUUUUUGUGAAAAUAACCAAUGAUAUUGUGGCCGAAAUGAAAUUGAAACCCGAGGAAGUUAUGUUGGCCCAGGGUACGUUGAGGCCGGAUUUAAUUGAAUCUGCCUCAAAUAUGGUUAGCAAAAAUGCAGAAACAAUCAAAACACAUCAUAACGAUACAGAUUUGAUAAGAGAACUCCGUAAUGCUGGCCGUGUUGUGGAACCUUUGUGCGAUUUCCACAAGGAUGAGGUACGAGAAUUGGGCAACGAUUUGGGUUUACCCGUGGAGUUGGUGGAAAGACAGCCAUUCCCUGGACCUGGUUUGGCCAUACGUAUAUUGUGUGCCGAAGAACCCUUCAUUGAAAAAGAUUAUUCUGAGACACAGGUGAUUGCCCGUGUUAUUGUGGACUAUAAAAAUAAAUUGGAAAAGAAUCAUGCUCUAAUAAAUCGUGUCAGUGGUGCUACAACCGAAAUGGAACAACACAAGCUCAUUGCAAUUUCUUCGUUUUCGCAAAUUCAAGCAACCGUGUUACCCAUUCGUUCAGUGGGUGUUCAAGGCGAUAAACGCACUUACAGCUAUGUAGUGGCUCUUUCCAGUGCAAGUGAACCCAAUUGGGAUGACAUGCUGUUCUUGGCAAAACUUAUACCUCGCAUCCUACACAAUGUCAAUAGGGUUUGUUAUGUUUUCGGUGAUCCCAUACAAUAUCAGAUAACCGAUAUUACACACACAACAUUGAAUAAUUAUGUCAUCAAACAACUGAGGCAGGCGGAUGCUGUGGCUAAUGAAGUAAUUAUGCAAGCUGGUCUUUAUCGUAAAAUAUCACAGAUGCCCGUUGUUCUGAUACCAGUGCAUUUCGACAGAGAUCCCAUUAAUCGUACACCAUCAUGCAGUCGAUCUGUUGUGUUGAGGCCAUUCAUUACCAGUGACUUUAUGACAGGUGUGCCGGCUAUUCCAGGAUCCGAGCGUAUGCCAUUGCCUGUUCUCCACAAAAUGGUUCAGGAAAUUUCCAAGAUUGAUGGCAUCUCUCGGGUCCUUUACGAUUUGACAUCGAAACCUCCGGGUACCACAGAGUGGGAAUGAUUAGAUCAAUUGCGUUUGUUUUAUAGCCUAGCUGCUGCAACAGCGCUAGUCGCAGCAGCCGCCACCACAACCACCACCACCACCGUCGCCAGAAUUUCAACAUUGCAUCAAACAUUAUCGACAUCGUGUAUUUUUGAAUAAUUUGACUGACUGCCUGCCUGUUUGUCCAAUGCCCCAGAGUUAUUGAAGAAAACAAUAAAUAAGAGCGUAAAACGAUCAUAUUUUGUGUCCAUAGCCGAGAAGUGGUAAUUGUAAUUAAUUCUUUUUUUACAUUUAUUUUUUGCUUAUAAAUCAUGUUAUGGGAAAUUUCAAAUUAAUUGGAGUUUUCCCAACCCCUCCCAGAUUAUGCUGUGUAAUCAACAAUCAUUUCAAUUUGUUACAAUAUGAUAAAAGAAAUAACUAAAUAAAACUUCCAAAAGAAGAUAACAAAGAAA